GCGGUAAUAUCUUCCGCCGGAUUACCUUGUCAUGUGUGGAACAUUCCUACGAUAAAUUCUAAUGAGACGAUGAUAUCAGAAGUUCAGAUAACCGGAGAACUCAUUACGAAUGAAUCAGACGAAAUGGCAACAAAGUAG